GGUGGGCAGGCGGGGACUUUUCCUAAAGGUUUAGUUACAGGAACAGGAAAGAGCCACCAGUGGCCACUUCUGGGACCCCAGUGGCCUGCUUACACAGGGAGUAGCAGAAACUUUAUUUUUUCUCUUUUUUUGUUUCCCCAAGAAAAGAAUAGUCGCUUUGGAGUUUAAGGCUUUGCUGUGUUCCUCUUUGAAAUUCCUUGAGCCUCAGUUUAUCUUUCUGAAUCAGCCUAUAGGGCUUGAAGCGCUGGCUUGAGCAUUCCUAAACGUGUAUUAAAUGCAGGGCUGUUGUUGCAGUGGUCCUUGGGCCAGUUUGGGGUCCUGUGGUAUUGACUACUACGUGCUACAUACUAGCUGGUUUCCUCGCUUUCUAGAUCAUUUGGAACCAUUAAGCUGUAUGUUUUAAGAAGCCUAGGUCUGAUUUAGUUCAGGUUGAUUCAAUUAUGUCUUCAUCGCUUUUGAGUUGGUUGAAUGAGUUGACAUGAGAUUAAGCCCAACAAAAGAAAAGGCAGGGUAGCAACAGCUGCCGGCCAGGCCUGGCGACUAGGUAGGGGUCUUGGGAGGCCUUGCACCUUCUCUUUUGUAUAUGUUAAGAAGUACAUUUAGAAAUGUUCUGUUACUGUACGCCCCCCCUCCCCUCCCCCGCCCCCCCAUGGAUGGAUGCCCUGGUGGAUAUCAGCUAAGACUUAAAAUACUAAAUUUUAUAACACUUUGAGUGAAUAAUCUAGCGUUUCUAAAAAGGCCUGUCGUGUCUGGAGGGGCAAGUGCGGAGUAAUAACCUAAUUGCUUUUUGUCUGAAAAAUAUAGCAGUCAAACCACUGGUUUGUGCUUGCUUAGUUAAUGUGUCUAAGAACUUUUAAGGUGUGUCCUUUAAUGGUAGAUGACUUUUUCUGAGAAGUCCUGUUUAUUUUAGAUACUGUUUUGUUCAGUGUCCCAAAGACUCGUAGUAGUGUGUGUGCGUUUGAUCCUGGUGUUCUAGUGAAAAACCCCUCCCACCGCCCCAAAUUGCUUCCAUUUUUAAUCAGUUCUAGAAGGUCUUAAAUUCAAGAGGCAGUGUGACUUACUUAAAAAUCCUCUUGUCAGUAGCCACAAGGCACACCAUUUAUUUGGCUUGUUUGUUCGAAUAGGGUUAAUAAUCUGAUUGCUUGGAAUGUUAAUUAUUUAGCGUGAAGAAGAGGAAGCCUCCUCCUCGGGGGCUCCACAUUGGUUUGCGUGCUGGGGGAGGAAGUGGGGGAGGAUUAUGACUUCUCCAGGCGAAGGACACACUUUUCCUUAGUGUCCAACUUGGUUCCAACCUUUUAUCUUCACGGCGCCUUCCAACGCUUGGCAGUGUGACCUUUGCUGUUUUUUAAUAACUUGUUAAGAUCGAAGUUUAGCAGUGGUCUGGGGUUCCUAUCCUUCCCUUUCACUUCCUAAUCAAAAAAAGGAACUAAUACACCACGUUGAUAAAGUUUGUAGAAAAUAUUUUCCCCCUUCACCCUGAAGAAUCUAUUUAGAUAACAGCUUUAUAACCCCCCCCCCCCCCCACCCCAGGUAGUAGAGGGGAAGAGGACGGAGGAGUGCUAGGGUUUGCCUUUACUCUUAAGGUGGAGGUUGAUUUGCAUUCUCUUUGUAAGCCUCCAUUUUUUGGCAGUGGAACUUCUGGGAGGAGUAGCCGCCCGUCUCCCUUCCAGUGGACCUUUAAAGAGGAAAUCAGAAAAUAAGACUUCAUCAUCCAGUCGCUUACAAACUGAUGAAAUCAUUAAGGAAUAUAAUGGCCUGGCAACGACAGAGUCCCUCUCUCCUCAUUUCAGAUAAUCACUUUACUCUCUUUUAACAACAUUUAUGAUGAAAUGGCAUGUUUUUGCCACAGCAGGGUUGCCUUUUCCCAACCCUGGAGCACUCUUAAUUCUGAGACGCUUGAUUAGAGCCUCAGGGGUCCCCAAAGAUGUGUUUUCCCACUUUAUAAAAUUACAUUCUUUUCUCCCUGUUGUCACAAAAAUGAUAUUGGUUGAUAAGAACUUUUGAGUAGUUUUAAUGACUCUUGACUGCCUACUAUCUACUACUUGAUUAAAAAAAAAAAAAGAUACUUUGAUCUGACUCUUUUAGGACUGUGCAUGAUCUGGACCUUUUUUUAUGUUUCACGUGAAGCUGUGUUCCCAUUUGCUCAAAGACCAUUUCAGUUCACAUGGUCCCAUCCCACACAUGCCAGGAUGGCCUGUGUGUUAGUUUUUUUGAGGUUGCUGGGGAUGACUUAUUUUAAAUGGCUCAUUGCUAAUUUCCUAUUUCAGUGUAACCCCCUGGCAGUUUGUUUAGUAAAUGAAUUGGGACCUUGAAGCCAAGGUCCCGAACAAUGGCUAUAUAUUUUCAAGGUUUAGAAUUGUACAGUAGGAACGAGAAACCUGAGACCGUUGUAUAAGCUGAUGAGUAUUCCACUAGAAUAAAGUAAGUGCAAGGAGAUUUUAAUUUAAACGACUACAUCUGGAAUACACCUAAUAGUUUUCAAAGAGUUACUGAGGUGUUACAAGUAAAAACCUGGAAGGUGUUUACAGAAUAGCUACUGAGCUGAAAUGAAAGAAAUCCUAAUCAUAUUAAAUGCUCCAAGUAGGGAAAGGUUUAGUUACAGCCUGUAAACUAAAGGAGGCUGGAAGAGUCUCGAUUUGUACACCUCACCUCCAGAUUUGGGAGGGGGAGGGGUGUUAACCAGAUUAAAAUGCACGUGGAAGAAAGAAUGAAUUACACAAAGACAGCAGGAAAUUUCUGAAAUUCGGGAGAGGGAAAGCUUGAUCGUCCUAACCGAACGGCCUCCUUUUGGGGGCAGCAGAAAGUUCUUGAAGUGUUGGCUGUUAGGAAGGGAGGCGAUCUGGACGAUUCCUCUCCGACCGAUCACACAGUGAGGCAAAUUGGUAGUGGUGUGUGGGGCAGAGGAUUUUGAAUGGAGACCACGAGGGCAGCUGGAAGUCUGACUUUGAGGAAGUGCGACCACCGUCCUUCUCUAAAAUCUGCCGUUCAGGGGGGGGAAGCCCAACCCUUUUUUAGAGCUGCCUUCAAAAAAAAAGCGGGGGCCCCCCCCCCCCCCCCCCCAGCAGCCAGCUGCCGCCACAGACCGCCCCUUUAUGCUUAACAUUGGAAUGUUCAUUAAACGACUCCACAUUUGAACAUUUGUUGACUGACUGUUCUUAACAUCCCAUUACUUCCUGCCCAGGCUAACUACAUAACUGAGUUACUGGAAAUCAGGGGCCAGUUUGGUAAUUUUAUGAUCACGUUGAGAAAUAAAAUUACUAAACCUGAAAAGACAGCCGGGGAAGUUAAAUGAGAGAAUUAGUUUGAAUUCCUGGGCUUUUGUUCCGAAGCUUUACCUAAGUUGUUUUUGACCUCCGCAUUCCUUCAAUUCGGGCUGAAGAGCUUCUGUUACCCGGAGUCAGAUGCCAGUUUUUUAAUGGAUUCGUUUGUGUUUUGUGUAUCGUUGUUCAUCAGUUGCCAGCGUGUCAGGAAACGUUUUGAAUUUAAACUAUGGUUCUGUGGACCGGAGCUAGAGUCCACAUCUGUUUUGUUCUCGAAUCCCAUUAGGAGAACUGCUUGCUUGUUUGUUUGUUUGUUUGUUUUUUCUCCUACCUGUGUCCAUCGGGGUGACUUCAACACAGUUCAUUUACACCAGAAGACGUGUGUUUUGGGUUUUUUGAAAUCGGUGGCUAAUUUUUUUUUUUUCAGUCCAGCAUACAAAUCUAAGGAACAGUGAUUCUAUACGUAUUAAUUGAAAGGAGAGCUUUCCCCUGAAUUUUGAAAGCAAACAGGUGACUUAAAAGAGCCAGACCUACAACCUUAGUAUUUACUCAACAGAGAUAGGGAGGGGAAUCUUUAAAUGUUGGCUAAAGAAAGAGCGCCUGCCUUAAAAGGCCGUGCCCGCGUUUGUAUUUAAUCUGGUUGGUUAAAUUGGGUAUAAUCAAGAACACUCACCAUUUGGCCUUGUGGAAAAAGUGGUGUAGGUGUGUGGGGUAAUGGUUCUAGUUCCUUCUGUACCUAUAUAUGCAGUUAUCUGUGUGUGCAGAUACACAAGCGUUUCCUUUGUGGGGAGCGAGAGGAUAUAGGUAAAGAUAGGUUGGCUUUUUCUUAUUGAAAUCUCUCUCUUUGGUGCAGUUCUGUCUAACAUCUUUCCAAAAGUAGUUAAGGUGUACUACUGGUGAAGUAGCAGGAAUGGAAUCUCUCAGAUCGCAAGGCUUCAUCUGACGGCCGCAUUAAAAGUCUUGUUUUAUUCAUUUCCCUUAUAGUUCUCUUUUUCCGAUCAGGAUGGGAUUUGUCAAAGCCAGUUUACAGACCACAGGAUCUGUUAAUAUUGAUAAUACCGAAACUAAAACUAGUUAUGUGGCUUCAAGUUCACGCUGAGAUCCUUUAACUGACCUUAAUUGAUUUGGAAUGAAUCAGGCAGAGUUUUUAAUCCUGACACUCAAAUGUACAAAUAUGACUGUAUAUUUUUAUAGUACUCUGGCCUCUAAUUGUAUUUAGAACUGAGCCCUUAUUACAGUUUCAGGAAAAUGAGAUGGCCGUAGGAUCUUCCCAGGCCUUGCCUUUGAACUGGCCAAUGGCUUUUUUAUUUUUAAACCAUUUGCUUCUGACUAGUUUUAGAUUGUGAUGCUGAAUAUAACCUUUUGAAUAUUUUAAUCUUUUCACUGAACUUUUAAACAUCUUUUCACAGCUAUAUUAGGAAAGUUGGGUUGACCAUUCAGCUCAUGGGUGUGACCUUGGUGAUUUCCUUGAAAUAGUGUUGAAGGAUUUAAAGUUACAGGUUUGGAUUGUCGCUGUGGCGUAACUAUGUACAGUUCUCCUCACUUGUCGGAUUAAGGAAAAAACUCAUAUGUGUAACGUACAGAAGGAACAUUUAUAGAAAAACUGUUAAGUUUCCUGACCAGAUCUUGGAGAUAAUUUCGCCCUUUACAGGAUACAAAUGAAACAGGCCAGAGACUAGCAGUUUGUUUGGGUGAAAUAUUUUAAUGAUCAUAUAUUUGGACACUUGAGUGACUCGGAGGGAAAGAGUAGAGUUGCAGGAAUACUGCAUAUUACUUAGUUAUAAACAGAAUUGGGUGUCUUUGACAGUUUUUGAGGACUUUGAAUUCCUCUUGCUCCAUCAUAGGGUAAUAAAUAUUCCAUAUCAAAAAAUGUAAGAUAACCUGUUUAGCUAAAGUGGAGGCAUGCUGUCUGUAAAGGUUAACAGUGUGAGUACGUUUGUACAUGAAGGACUAUUCCCAAGUCACAGCAAUUGUCAGCAAGGUGGCGUUUCCUUCUAAUUUGCUGUGCUUAAGCACAAAUUAUUGCAUUUUUUUCAUUAAGCAUUAUAUAAUGUGUAAUAUUUGCUAAUUUCAAAAUCUGUAGAUAGUGGCAGAAUCUCCUGAGCUUUACUCCCCACGGAGCAUCUGCUUUAAAACAAAACAAACAAACAAACAAAAAACAGAAAUGGCCCAAAGAGCAUUAGACUUCUAUUUUAGGAACUUCUAAGCAAUAUGGUUCCUACUGUUUUUCAAAGAUUAUGUUGUUGCACAUUUUUUUUAAAGUAUCUAAUCACAGUAUAAAGUAAUCACCAGUACUCUUGCGGAAUACGAGGUUAUGCCGGAUAACCUCUCGCCUCGGGUGCCUUGGGGGUGUAUAGCUGAAGGUUAAGUGUAUCGUCUCCCUGACUAAAGGUUUAAGAACGUUUUUUUAAACACUGACAAACAAUUUUGCAAACCGCCUUUCGGGAAGCCUAGUAUGUUCUGAACGCUCAACUUCUCUGCAAACUAAAAGCAUUUAGAUUCUAGGGGUCGGAUUAAGAUCCUCCCCCUCCUUCCUCCUCCAGUUCUUUGUGAAGACAGACAACUUCCUGGGCCGGCAGUGCCUUGGUGUGCCUGCCGUGGCUUCUGUGUUGCUCCACCUGGAGAGCAAGGCUCUAGGAAGGCUGUGUGUGGGUGUGCACUUCACUCGACUGGAAUGGUUGUUAUUAACAGUAAUUAGAUUAGAAUGUGUCUUUUUUGGUAAGUUUUGUUAUUAUUCAAGUAUUAUCGCAGUCACUGUUAAAGAUUGGGGGUUUUGUUUAGCAGAUUGGUUUUAAGUGAUACAGGUAAUUGGUUUAUAGUUUAAGGAAGUGUUUAGUCUGCAAACGGUUUCUUAAGUCAAGAGUCCGAGGCGUUUGUUGUCAGAUUUUCCUAGCUUGUCCUGCACGUCUGUCUUGGUGGGUCAGUAAGGAGCGUAGUUUUAAAUCUAAAUGAGAAGGUUUUGCCCAUGCUGGUCAACUUCAUGGUAGGAUUAAUUAGGAUCUUGUUUUCUAUUAUUACACCCUUGAAACUGCAGAGAAUGGUAAAUUAGACGGCAGCCAUGGAGAGCCGUGUAGAAAGAAGUUCUCAUGAACAUUCGGGUUAAUUUUAAUAUCAGAUCAGUUCAGACUGGUGACUGUGGCCAGAGAUGUGCAUUACUGAUCGUAUACCUGUACUGAUGACGUUAGUGUUUGUUAAUUUAUUCACCAGGGGUUUAUUGAGGGCCCGACCCCAUGCCAGGGACCCCUUCUAGGCAUGGGGACAUCAUGGUGAACAAGGUCGACAGGGUCUCUGCUCCUGGGAUCUUCAAACAGGUGGCCCAGGGUUUGCAGAUCUUGGGUGAGUAGUAAGGAUUGCUAUGACUCACCGGGAGUCUAGUGUUUAGGACAGUUGGGCACAGUCGAUGGCCAUCACAAUCUGUGCCAGAAGCUUCCCUUGAGGAGGAAGUGCUUCAGGUUUUGCCGGGGAGGUUCUCCUUCCCCAUCUGACCCUCGUAGGAGAGACUCCUCGUAGGAGACUCUUGUAGCUGGGGGGCCUAGGACGUCCAUCCCCUCAUCUCCAGGCCUCUGUUCCGCUCCUAAUUUUUUUUUUUUUUUUUUUUUUUUUGCACCGUGCCUCCUUUACUAAUCCUCUAGGUCUUGUGUUAGAAGCUGAUGAUGACUUCUUUAACCCAGAUAUUUGAACAUUUCAGAGACAAAAAUUGAAACUAAACUGAGGCAUUUCCUUCUGGUCACGCCAUUACCCUGGAUUGGAAAUAAUAGGGAUGUAUGUACCCACACCAUGUUUCUAAUUCAGAGGUUGAGUUUAGGAGUGGUGUCUUUUGGGGAAAGAUUAUUUGUAGGAAACUGGAGUUCCCCCAAACUUAAAAUAUCAGAGAGUAGUAAAAUUUCUUACAUACGUACACACACACACACACACACACACACACACACACACAGGUCCAACAUAGAGGACUAACUUUGAUUUUGGCAAAUUAGGACAUUGAAAAAAGUACUGAUUGCUAUUGCCACUCUUUCAUUUUAAAAAAGCUAGUUUGCAACCCCCAAAUAGAAAGGACCUCAAAUAGAGGACAGCCUCUAUUCAAAUUGAAAUUAAUCUGUGUCGUUUGUGUAGGACUCACUGAGUUGUCUCUCUGUUUUUCAUCUAGAUGUUGCCAGUGAAGACAGUGUUGUCAGUUUGAUAACUGCUUGUCUAGAGUAUGUACUGUUAUUUCUUCAGUUAAAAUAUUACCUGGUACACCGGCAUUCAGUAAAUACAGACUACAUAGAACCCUAAAUUAUCAGUUACGUUUUUCAGAUAUCACUUAAUAUCUUGAUUGGGAAAGCAUCAAAUAUUCUUUGGUGUCUGUCUAUCCAUACGUGUAGAUCUGCCCCUGGAACCAUAGAAAAUUUGGAACUCUUGAGGGUGAUCCUGUAAUUUAACCACCUGCAGUAGGUAGAUGAAGGUGAGGUAGGUAGGUGGUGGUGACAACUUUAAGGUUGUGACUUAGCCAGAACUAGAACUCGGGUCUUUGGAGUGUUCUGUUAAAGCCCACCAAGCUGGUAGCCAGCCCAAGAGUUUUAUCCUCCUUUGUGAUCACAACAAAGGACUCAGAAAUUAAGAUAAAACACUUCAGUACCUUCUUUCUUUUCCCUAAUCUUUGAUCUGCAGCCUUAUUUAGAAAAGCUUAAUGUUAAAGAUCUAGUGUAUUCAAAACUAAAGAUAGCAAAGAGCAUGAGAAUUUUCUUCUAUUAUGAGUAUAAAGAAGGGGAAGAAAUGUUUCCUUGUCUUCACUGAGCCUAGAGGCCCUUGCUCUUUGAGGAAGUGGAGAGAAGGAAAGUCAAGUCAAGGUGGUGGGAGUAGUUUGCAAGUCUUUUUGUUCUGUUGGGUGGAAUUAACAGACUUCAGGUUAAGUAGCUGAGUCUAUUUAGAAACAAUUCUGUGCUUGCCAGAAAGGUGGAGGGGAGGGUGUUGGGUUUGGAGGUUAAUUCUUCUCCAAGAAUGAAAAUUGGCUUCUAAAUCUGAGCCUGCAGAGCCACAUAAAGUAAUCAUCCAUUUUUCACCUGGCCAGUGCAUAAUGGGAAGGGUGGGUUAAAAGUGGGAGGACCCGUUCUCUGAUGAAAGACUGAGCCAUGUUGACCCUGCCGUGUGGAGGAUUUUCAAGUGUACCCUCACCGAGUAGCCUGGUGCGUGUGUUUCCUUAUUUGUUGUGUGCACAAGGGAGCCCUACCCUGACUUUUGUUGAAGGCAGUUUCUGCCUUCUGAAAAAGCAGCUGGGAUCUGGGCGGUGGGUCGAGGGCUAGAAUAUCCUGUGAACCAAAAUGAUUCAGGUUCCCCUUGGCCACGAUGAGCCUCAUUCUGAGGUGUUCUGUAGUUUCUGAAUGUGGAUUUUAGGAAAGGUUCCUGUUCUCGUGUGUGUUGUUGGCCUGUGCGUGUGUGAUCUUCGAGGGUGCUGUUCGGCAUUUGUGUCUCUGGGCCGUAUAGAAGACAGUCUGAAGUUCGGGCUUUAAACGUUUUAUUUAGAGAGGGCCUUGCUUGGCAUUCUUCCCAGUGGGUAUCGUCUCUAGAUUUGCAGGGGCUCUUUGUAAGGACACACGUUGCAUUGCAGUGGCAUUUAAACUGCAUUCAGCUGAAUUUAACCGUUUCUGUCCCGAAUCUUAAAGUUUAGACUUCAAUCAUUAGAGCACCACGUUUUCAGUUUCUUCCCUGGAUGAAAAUCCGGCGAUUUGGUGAGUGUCCUGAUUGGGUAAAAUGCUAACCAUUUAAUUAACGGGCAUGUUUAACAGGAUGCGCGAUGUUAGUCGGAAGUGGAGUGGGCGAACGAGGCACCUCUUCUGCCACAAGCGGACCAGCUGUGCGUCGUCCACACCGGGCUUCUCUUCCCUCUGGCCGCAGCCAAGUAACCAUUUCUGUGGUUUUUGGUUUUUGUUUUUCCCCCUCUAGGUUUUGGAAAUCCCUGGUCUCCAGGUUGCUGGGAUUGACUUCUUGCUCAGUUGAAUCACUCACUCAAUGGAGACAAAGAGAAUGAACGCUCCGUGCUGACUCCUAUUUGAAUCAAAGCGCUGGGGAGUCUGUCUGCCUUGUUUGUGCAAAGAACCAGUGGUUGGCUCUGCCACCGAGCUUCCUAAGACUUCUGAAGAUAAGAAGCUACAGGAAUAUAUACUUUGCUUCUGAACUUUUGUAACAAAUGCUUGUUCUCGUUUUAAGUCCAGGGCUGCUGGGGGCGUGAGUGACAAGUCUUACAAGCGGCCUUAUUCCAGUUCCAGAAAUCCCUCCGCCGGAUUCUCAUUUUGUAUACAAUCCUAAAGUGCCAGGAAACAUGCCAACUCAGUCCCUGCUGGUGUAUAUGGACGGACCAGAAGUUAUUGGCAAUUCUCUUGGUACCCAGAUGGAGAUAGAUGAUGCCGUGCCCAUAAAAGGGACCACCACCGUUCCUUUCCGAGCUACGCAAGAGAAAAAUAUCAUCCAGAUCGAAGGAUAUAUGCCCUUGGACUGCAUGUUCUGCAGUCAGACCUUCACGCAUUCAGAAGACCUCAAUAAACAUGUCCUGAUGCAACAUCGGCCUGUCCUUUGCGAGCCGGCCGUUUUGCGGGUGGAAGCGGAGUACCUGAGUCCCCUGGACAAGACUCAGGUGAGAACGGAGCCUCCGAAGGACAAGAACUGCAAAGAAAACGAAGAGUUCAGCUGUGAAGUGUGUGGGCAGACGUUCAGAGUCGCUUUCGACGUCGAGAUCCACAUGAAGAAGCAUAAGGACUCCUUCACUUACGGCUGUCACGUGUGCGGACGGAGGUUCAAGGAGCCCUGGUUCCUUAAGAACCACAUGCGGACACACACCGGCAAAGCGGGGGCCAAGAGCAAGCUGCAGCCGGGCGCCGAGAGCCCCGCCACCAUCAACGAGGUGGUUCAGGAGCACGUGGCCGAGAGCAUCUCCUCUCCUUACAAAAUCUGCAUGGUUUGUGGCUUCCUGUUUCCAAAUAAGGAAAGUCUGAUCGAUCACAGGAGGAUGCACGCCAAAGACACUGCUUCCGGCAGCGGCAGCGGAGGCACACAGACAGACUCUCCGCAGGGGGGGAUGCCAGCCCCGGGGGAAGAGUUCCUGCAGUUCUUGAACCUGAGGCCCAGAUCGCACCCCGAGACCGGGAAGAAGCCCACCAAAUGGAUAGCUCAGCUCGAUCCGUUCACCACCUAUCAGGCCUGGCAGCUGGCCACCAAAGGAAAAGUCGCCGUGUGCCGAGAAGUGAAGGAGCAGCCAGGGCAGGAGGGCAGCACCGACAACGAUGAUUCGUGUUCCGAAAAAGAAGAGCUCGGAGAAAUUUGGAACGCCGGAAAAAGCCAUUCCGAAGGUUCUGGAAAGCCCAAGCCAAGCAAAAGCGGCUGCGCGGGCCUCUCCCAGGACAAGGAGAAGCCCAGACCCUCCGGCGGUGAAGUGCCUUCCGUGGAAGCCGACCCAAAGCUGUCCGGGAACAAAGAGAAGCCGACGCACUGCUCUGAGUGUGGCAAAGCCUUCCGGACCUACCACCAGCUGGUCUUGCACUCGAGGGUCCACAAGAAGGAUCGGAGGGCCGACGCCGAAUCGCCAACCAUGUCCGUGGACGGAAGGCAGCCUAGGACGUGUUCUCCGGACCUAACCACCGCCCUGGACGAGAAUGGAGCCGUCGAUCGAGAAGGCGGUUCUGAAGAUGGGUCUGAGGACGGACUUCCGGAAGGGCUCCAUUUGGAUAAAAAUGAUGAUGGAGGAAAAAUAAAGCAUCUUACGUCCUCGAGAGAAUGUAGUUACUGUGGGAAGUUUUUCCGUUCAAAUUAUUACCUCAAUAUUCAUCUCAGAACGCACACAGGUGAAAAACCGUACAAAUGUGAAUUCUGUGACUAUGCUGCAGCCCAGAAGACCUCUCUGCGGUAUCACCUGGAGAGACAUCACAAGGACAAACAGAUUGAUAUUGCCGCGGAAGUCAAGAACGACGGGAAGAACCAGGAGCCCGAAGAUGCACUACUUACCCCCGACAGUGCGCAAACCAAAAAUUUGAAAAGAUUUUUCGAUGGUGCCAAAGAUGUUAAAGGCAGCCCACCUGCAAAGCAACUUAAGGGGAUGGCCUCUGCCUUUCCGAAUGUUCUGGGCAGCACUGUCCUCUCACCAGUUCACAAAGAUACUCAGGAUUUCAAUAAAAAUGCAACGGAGGACAGUACUGAUAGAGUCUGCAAAACUCCUGCCCCCGCCUAUUUGGAUGCGUUACCCAAGAGAGCGGCGGGUGACCCUCAGGCGCAGGAACCCACGUGUAGAACAGAGGUGGGGGUCCCCGGAGGUGCGGCCCGUGCGGCCGAGGUCGGUCACCGGGAGAAGCACGUGGGGACGGCGACGGCGGCCGAGGGCAAGCACAAGGCCGGCGCGGACUGCCAGGAGAAGCCUCUGAACCUGUCCCUCGGGGCGCUUCACGGCUGCCCGGCCAUUUCUCUGAGCAAAAGUUUAAUCCCAGGGAUCACCUGCCCAUUUUGUACCUUCAAGACCUUUUAUCCCGAGGUUUUGAUGAUGCACCAGCGACUGGAGCAUAAGUACAACCCCGACAUCCACAAAAACUGCAGGAGCAAGUCUCUGCUGCGAAGCCGGCGCACCGGCUGCCCGCCCGCGCUGCUGGGGAAGGACGUGGCCCCGCUGGCGCACUUCCCCAAGCCCAAGGCCAGGCCCGCGCCCGCGCCGCCCGCCAAGGCCGCGCCGGCCGACCGGGACCGCGACCGCGACCGGGGAAAGCCGGGCCCCGCCGCGCCCGCCAGGCCCCCGCCGCCCCCGGGGCUCGACCCCAGCACUUUAGCGCCCAGCAACCUGAAGGCGCCGCGUCCGCCGCACCAGCCGCAGCCGCAGCCCGGCGGGGCGCAGGGGGUCGCCCGGCCGCCGGCCGACGCCGCCAACCCAGAGAGGGGCCGGAGGCCCGAGGCCAAGGCCAGGGCGCCCGCCGGCCCCGCCCCGCCCGGUCCUGCCGCCGCCAACGGCUGUGCGGAGCGUCCCUGGGCGCCGCGGGGCCGCGACCCCCCGAGCGGCCGCCCCGCCGAGCCCGGAGAGCCGCUGCCCAAGCGGCCGUGGCCCGACGCCGAGCCGCCCGCGCCCACCUUCCGCCGGGCCUUCGAGCUGCCCAAGUACCACGUGGUGCGCGGCCUGCAGUCGCUGCUGCCCGCCGAGUGCGUGUGCCCGCCGCCCGCAGCGAUGCCGCCCAAGCCCCGCGCCGCGCCCGCGCCGCUCUUCGCCUGCGGGCCCGCCGCCGAAGGAAAAAGACCUGUGUCCUAUCAACACUUAUCUAGCAGCAUGCUACAAAAGAGAAACUAUGAGAAUUUUAUUGGGAAUGCACAUUAUCGACCAAAUGAUAAAAAAACUUGAUUUCCUGUUUCGGGUAAGAAAGGUCCCGAUGGAUGUGUGUUCUGUCCAUGAAAUUGAGUGAGUCCAUCCUUUGAGAAGGCAGAUGGCGGAAGCUCGUGAAAUAAGCUGUGACCGUGCCGUGCAUGUAACAUACCAGGAACACUACGGUUUUGUAAAGUUGUUCUGUUAACUUUUGUACCAAAUGGCAAUAAAAACCAUAGUUGGAACAGUUGGGUUGUACACAAAUGGAGACUGCAAAUCUCUAUUUUGUCCCUGAAUAAUAUUUUUUUUAGAGUUGACCAAAUAAGGAGUCUUUUGCAUACUUGAGCGCUGCUGAACACAAACCAUCCGGGUGGGGGGGCGGGGGGGGGGGGAGAGUCUAUAACGAACGCUUGCACCUCAGGUAACUCUGUACAUACGUAAGUUCGAAACCUGCUUGUUCAGAUACUGUGCGUCCCCUUUCUCUCUCCUGUAGCUCAUCCCCAUGAGCAGCUCCUGCUGUUUGUGUGUUCUUUCAUGGAAAAUGUAUGUUUAAAAAAAAAAAAAAUUCCCGAUGAUUUGUAUUAUGUUAAAUCCUCCUCAGUGCGUCGUCUUAACAAAAUUGUGAACGGAAGUAUCGACCCUCUGUGACUAUGUGCUGCAUAUACUGAGGUCAGCCAUUCUGAAUUCGGUGCCCUUUCAUUGCAAGUUUUCAGUCCGUCAACUGAGGAAGAGUCCCGAUCUGCGACCCUUUUCUGAGAGCAGCCUGUGCCCCGUAGGGUUUUUAAGCGGGCGUGUCUACGGAGAAGUGCGUCUGUCCUCUUCAGGACAGCCCCAUAUCCAGUAAACAUACCAAAUUCUAUGUGGAGUUACUUACUUUCUGUCAAGUUCAUCACUUUUGUUGGAAAAUUCAGGGUUUUUUUGGCUUUCGCUUAAAUUGGUAUGUAGAAAACCUGAAAUGCUGAAUUUACACACGUGAAUUUCAUAUAUUGGGAGCGGUUUUAAAGGACGUGAAAGCGUCUGGGUAAAUUUUAGGUUUGUAUCUGGAAGUCCUGGUGUGCCUGGCCUUUGGGUUAACCGUGGACGUACACGAGUUAAUUGUAGACACGUUGAUUCUGAAUAAGGAACUGCCUGCCGAGCCUUCUGGUAAUGGGGAGGGUGCGAUCUGGUUCUUGACCUCAGUUGUCUUCCCAUUUUUGGUUGUGUUGAGCAACCAGAUGUAGUUUGGGUUUUAAAGCGAGGAUGGCCACCAGCUGGCUUACUACUAGAUGUUUUAGACUUUUGUUCCCUUCCACAUGCUGUCCGUGGCUGAGUUUAUUCAGCAGUACGUGGGUUUAGCAACCACAAGAUAUUUUAUUAAGAAAACUGUUUCAAAAAUAAAUUUGCACUGUUAAGUUUUCUUGCCCUGCCCUUCUGCGUUAGAGCGAGAGUAAAGUCCUACAAGAAUCCUGAUUUUUUUUGUUUUCAUUAUGCAACACGAAGCGUACUUGACCGAGAAGUCUUAACUCCCGUGGGAAAGGGAGACCUGAUUGGUCUGUUGGCCUUGUAGUGAAGUGCUUUGUAUCAGGAGAGAGUAGUACACUAUCCACCAUUUUUCCUGUUCACAAGCUGAGCCAUAUGUACAUAAUCUAGAUUUUUGUUUUCAUAGUUUUGCACUUUUAUAGCCUAUUUUUGAAGAUUUAACACAUUUGCAAGAUGAUUGACUUGAUCUUUGCCUAAUCCAAUGAGUGUUACAGAAAGCUCGCUGUGACUAUAAAUGUAAAUCUUUAAAAGGGGAUACGAGAUAAUAGAGGGCUGAAAUUUAAACCUGUAUUUAAAAAAAAAAAAUCACCAAAUCUAUUUGAAAACAAGUCAAUUCAUGUCAUGCUGAAAUUUGGGGGGGCUUUCAGAUUUCUCUUUUCUAACCACAUUUCUCAAUUUCUGAAUACAUAAAAAUGUCCUUUGUUCCACAGCCCUUGUCCUCCAUUUUUUUUUUUUUUUUUUUUUUUUAUUUUUUUUUUUUUUUUUUUUGUCCAUCAGUAUUAACUAUUGGGAUACUACUGGUUUUGUAUGUUUUUUUUUUUUUUCCUUUGAGACAACAGUACAUAUAAUAGAGGUACAAUCCGUUGGAUUUUUGUUUAUGUAUUUAUUUCAUUCCAGUUUGAUUUAUUUUAAUUGUUGAUACUUGUCAAACAGUAGACAUUACUUGUUUUAUUUAUGAUAUAUUUCAGCUUAAAGUUAUGUUAUUAUAUGUGGAUGUAAAUAUAGAUUUGGUGUUUUGCAGUCUUGGUUUGGGUCUUUAUUGCGUCCCUCGUUUCUGCUUUUAACUUUUUAGAACUACAACUUUAAGCCUACAGUUUAGUAGAGGGGUUCGUGUAAUGAGUCCUCACCCUCGCCAGCAGCAUUUUUUUCUCCCCCGAGUAUUUUAAAGCGAGUCUCAGACACGAUUUAGUUUCAUCCCUACGACCCUUCGCUGUGAGUCCCUAACGGAUAAGGGCUUUCAUGGUCACACGUAACCAACCACGAUGUCCACACAGCCUUGCAAAAGUGUCGUCUUAGAUUUGGUCAGUUGAGUUGUGAUCAAGACCCAAACAAGAUCCACUUAGUUUAGAAGAUCGUUUUUUAUUUAUUUAUUUAUUUAUUUUUAGUUAUUUUAUUUUAUUUUAAAAAGAAAAUUUUUUUUAACGUUUAUUUAUUUUUGAGACAGAGAGAGACAGAGCGUGAACGGGGGAGGGUCAGAGAGGGAGACACAGAAUUGGAAACAAGCUCCAGGCUCUGAGCUGUCAGCACAGAGCCCGAUGCGGGGCUCGAACUCACGGACCGCGAGAUCAUGACCUGAGCUGAAGUCGGACCCUUAACCGACUGAGCCACCCAGGCGUCCCUAGAAUAUCGUUUUUUUUUUUUUUUUAAAUCUUGUUUUAAUUCACAUCUCCCUCCACACACACCUUAGAGGACAUUUUACUUAGUGAAGAGGCUGCGUCAUUCGUCCUGUAGAAGUUGGCACCUUGUUAGAGUUUAUUGCAUAUUUGUGGUUUCAUCUGACCUGUUUUUCCAGUCUAUCUCCUAUAAACUGGUGAAUUAAAUCUAGGGGUUUAAAGUAGAUUUGAGCUCAGUUUUGGGGAGCAGGGGUCUGUGUGCUCCCAAUCGCAUCACCUCUGGACAUGUACAAUAUUUGGUUUUCCAACCUGUAGUGACGUUUGAUCAGUGGGUUCAGGUGUCAGACUAACCAGCCGUAAUAAAGUUCCCCAUCAACCUUUCUCCUUUGGGUUUUAGCAGCCACUGACGAACAUUAGGGAUGUUGCAAAAGGUGUUUGUUUGUUUUUUUUUUAAGUUCUGUCAUUUCCUCUGCAUUUAUUAUUGGACAGAAGACCUCAUGUGAUUAUUUGAUGACCUUGAAAUACAGCUUAAACAAGACAGGAUAAAUAAAACUUGAUUCUCCCCCUUGAUUAACCAGCCUUGAGAAUAAUGUCUGGUCCCAGACAAGACUGGUGAAUGAACUUUCGAAUUUUUUGUUAAGAACUCACUGUACGUUUGACAAGUUGUCAGCAAAUUGUAGGCAUCAUUUUGACGCUCAGAAUCUUCGGGGUCUCUGGCCGACAGGGUCUCCUUCAAGUUGGCUAUGUUUUGGACAACACUCUGGAGGCUUCUUGGUUUUAAGGCAGGCGUUCUGAGCUCUCCUUGACCAUUUCCUGACCCGGACCUGGAGAGUUACUUACCUGAGGACCCUGGGUUCCUUUCCUGGGAAAUGGUAAUUAGAAAUGGUGAUUUGGGGGUAGGCUGCUUCAACCCCAGGGCCUUCAUAACAGAGAAAGGAUAUAUAUGCUCUUAAAGAGUAAAACAAAACAACACUUGAGUGAAUUAUAUUGCUGUUUUCUGCCCUGCCCUCCCCUCCCCUCUUCCCUCUUUCUUUCCUUCCCUCUUUCCCUUUCUUCCUCUUUUCUUUCUUAUUUUAAAGCAAUUUCUAAGCCAAAGAGGGGACUCAAACUACAACCUUGAGAUGAAGAGUCACAUGCUCUACCAACAUAGCCAACUAGGUGCCCCUAUAUGGCUGUUUCUGUCUCAGAAUUAAAAUAGUGCUUUUGUUUCUUUGAUUUUUAUAUUGUAUUCUCUGAAAAGUUGGGUUCCCGAUACCCACAUGGCUUGCUUUACCCUACUACAUAUAGCAAGGAAGUCAUGAUGCCAAUAUUAUUACCAACAUUCUAAGGGAAGAUUUCAAACUUGUUCAAUUUCACUUGUUUGUAAGUGGGUUCUCUCAACUGGUGGUCCCAGAUUAGCAAAAUCAUCAUCGCUGGGAAGUUGCCAGAAAUGCCAACCAUCAGGCUCACACACCCGCUGAAUCAGAAACUUUGGGGGUGGGGUCCGGCAGUCAAGUCUUCUGUGGUCCCUGCUCUCUACUGCGUAAAUUCCACUCCAGAAACGCAAGCAUGGUUGAGGGAGCCCAAGCUUCUUUAUGUGGGCUUGCCAACAUACGCUCUUGGGUUCAGUGUUUUCCAUCUUUAGAUUCUACUUUGCCUUUUUUUUCCUUUUAAAUACAGUUUCGUUAUGUAAAA